AUGGUGCGACGCGCCGAUCUCAUUGGCUCCUCGCCUGCAGCGGACUUGGCAGCGGAUGCCCUCUUGGCGGGCCACCCGGUGACGCCUUCGCCGACUGGGCUUCGUAGGCAGGACAAGGGCGGAAGCUUGGCAGAUCCGGACACACUGAUUGCCAAGAUGACUUUGCAUCAGUACGAUUACCUGUUCGCUAUCGGCACCAUUUUUGCCUUUCUCGAUGCCUUCAAUAUUGGUGCCAACGAUGUGGCCAACUCAUUUGCCACGUCUGUGUCGUCUCGAUCCUUGACUAUGGCUCAGGCCAUGGGCAUAGCAACAGUCAUGGAGUUCGGCGGUGCCCUCGGCGUUGGUGCUCGCGUAUCCGACACCAUCAGGACAAAGGUACUCAAGACGGAGAUCUUCGAUCAGGACCCUGCGGUCCUUAUGCUGGCCAUGGUCUGCGCUGUCGUCGCCUCUUCGGUCUACCUUACGUUUGCUACCAGGGUCGGUCUGCCGGUCAGCACCACACAUUCCAUCAUGGGCGGCGUGCUUGGGGUCGGCAUCGCUACCGUCGGUGUCGACGGUAUCAACUGGUCCAUCAAAGGCGUAUCUGCCGUGUUCCUGGCUUGGAUCUGUGCACCCGGUAUCGCCGGGGGCUUUGGUGCCAUCAUAUUUCUAAUCACCAAGUUUGGUGUUAUGCUGCGAAGAAACCCUGUGAAGAACGCCUUCUUUGCAAUCCCUCUCUACUUCGGCUUGACGUCUGGUCUUUUGACUAUGCUCAUCGUUUGGAAGGGUGCAUCCGAGCGCAUCAACCUUAGCGGUGGUGGUAUUGCUGGCUGCGUUGUCGGCGUCGCAGGUGGUGUUGCCCUCCUAGUCUGCAUUUUCUUCCUCCCCUAUCUCUGGCGCAAGGUUGUUCACGGCGAUUGGACGCUCAAGUGGUACCAUAUCCCUCAAGGACCUCUUCUACUCAGACGAGGCGAGAUUCCCCCGCGUCCCGAGGGCGUCCAGGACAUCAAAGACUAUUAUUCCGGCCACAAGACCAAAGAGGAGAUAGAGCAGGAACGCAGCUCAGGGUCGCAGAGCACACCUGAUGACAUCGAGAAGGUGCCACGCAUAUCGUCGGAUGGAGAGACUCCCGGGCCCUCUCCUAACAUCAAGGCAAUGCAAAAAGCCAACGAGGCCGAAAUCUCGGAGGAGAUCAAGGGUAAGCGGCCUGAAGGUCCGGUCUACAACCCCGCUGUGUUGUUUUACUACGCAAAGAGGGCAUUUCUCCAUGGCGUAGAACAAGACGUUGUCUCGGCGCAGAAGAAGCAGGACUUCCUCUCCGGGAACGUCAACGAGCGCGAGGCGCAUGCUGCGCACUACGACAAUCGUGCUGAGUACAUGUACUCGUUCCUCCAAGUCAUGACUGCCGCCACCGCCUCAUUCACGCACGGAGCCAACGAUGUUUCCAACGCCGUUGGCCCCUACGCGACCAUCUACUUGGUUUGGCGGACAGGCAGGACAGCGUCCGACAUGGCGGUGCCGACGUGGAUCCUGGCCUUCGGUGGUGCAGGCAUCGUCAUCGGGCUGUGGACGUACGGCUACAACAUCAUGCGCAACCUGGGAAACCGCAUCACGCUCCACUCGCCAUCCCGUGGGUUUUCGAUGGAACUGGGCAGCGCCAUCACCAUCAUCAUGGCAACACAGCUUGCUCUCCCUGUCUCGACGACGCAGUGUAUCACCGGUGCCACGGUGGGUGUUGGCCUCUGCUCCGGUACGUGGCGCACCAUCAACUGGCGCAUGGUUGCGUGGAUCUACUUUGGUUGGUUCAUCACGCUGCCUGUUACUGGUAUCGUGUCUGGAUGCUUGAUGGGCAUCAUCAUCAAUGCUCCUCGCUUCGGCUACUCGGCAUAG